AACCAUUAUUUAUUGAAGCUCCUCAAUCCCUCUGCCCUUGCUUCUCUCACCCCCCACUAUCACAUUAAAAUAUCAUCCAAUAUUGUCUCUUUUACAACUUCCAAAACGUCUCCUUCCCCUUUUGCUCUCUCCCAAAAUCUUCUCUUCUCUCUUUUGUCUCUUUCUCCGCCAAAAAAAAAAUAUCGCCUUUAACCCCAACUUUCACUUCCACACACCUUAAACCGACAAAAAUGCCUGCUGGUUCCGGCGACAGGCGUCCGGUUCGAGCCCCCGGCACCAUGGGAUCGCACCCAGCGGCCAAAUUGACCGAGCCACUGCCAUGCCCGAGGUGUGACUCAACCAGCACUAAGUUCUGCUACUACAACAACUACAACCUCUCUCAGCCUCGCUAUUUCUGCAAGUCAUGCCGCCGUUACUGGACCCAAGGUGGAACUCUCCGUAACGUUCCUGUUGGUGGUGGGACCCGCAAGUCUUCCAAGCGCUCUCGAAGCUCAUCAUCCCUGCUAUCUCCCUCUGUUGCAACUUCGUCUUCCUCGAGCGUUACGCAUGAAGCCGAGUCUGUGCAUAUGGCUGUUAACCCUGUUUCGGCUAUGCCUGCAACUGGAGUUAAACCUGAAGUGGGUUUGGCUGACGUGAAUUUGAAUGACACUGUGGAUCUUCCUGUGAGUGGAGGCUUCACUUCAUUCUUGAACUCUCAGGCAGAAGGAUACCUAACACUUGGUGGAUACGGGCUUGGAACUGGUUCAGGAUUUGAUGGAGUUUGGGGAUAUCCUGGAAACGGAUAUCUGGGUGUGUAUAAUGGUGGGGAUGGUGAUGAACCUGCUGAGGCUGUACCUGGAGCUACCGGCUGUAAUACAUGGCAAGCAACAGGCAAUGUUGAAGGCGGCGGAGGGUUAGUCGAUGGAGAUUGCUUUGGUUGGCCUGGCCUUGCCAUUUCUGCACCAGGGAAAGGUUUGAAGUGAAAUGAAUUUUGCCAUUUUCGAGAGUUUGUUGGUUACUGAUUAGUGGUGUUGUCGUUUUUAUUGUGAAGUUUUAGUUGUCUUUUUCUUUUGGGUUCAGUUCAUUUCCUUUGGUGGGUAUAGAGAGAAGUGAUUAAUAGUACAAUAGAAGGUCACCUUUCAUGUUCUUUAAGAGUUUCGUUUUUUUAUUUCAAUGACUGUAAAUCUCUGGUGUCUCUUGAUGAAAAAACUAUUUUGCAGUGGGAAAGAAAUGAAUGAAAAACGACAGUUUAUUAUAGCAA